AUGAUGUACUACAUUAAUUUGAUCGCCGAGUCCGAGAAGCGGGAGAAGGAACUGCAGCGCUCCGAGGAGGACCGUCGAAGGCUACGUGUUGGCAACCCUCCAGGAAUCGAUGACCGGUUGGCUGGUCUGCAGAAGACUCGACAUGAGCACAAUAAGAAAAAGAAAAAGAAGAGGACUUCAUCCCCCUCGGAGGUUAAAUCCAAGAAGGCUAAGCGGAAACGUCCUCGGCAGCAGCCCGAGGCGUCUCCAGUUCCCUCGAGUUCAUCGGGCCUUGGCGGCUUGGCGGCCGAUGUUGUUGAUGAUGAAGAGCUGCUCAUUGAGCGAAGGUAG